AUGUCCUGGAAAAAACUCAUCACUUGUUGUUCAAGAACAACAUCUAACAAAUCAUCUCGCCGCGAGUCCUCAUCUUUGAAGAACGGAGGGCUACUAGUAGAAAAACUGAUCCGUGUUUCGAACGGAGACUACAGUCCGUUUUGUGUAUUCACAGAACAAGAGCUGAAGCAAGCAACCAAAGACUACGACCAAGAUCUCGUCUGUCUUGUCGACGACAACUAUAAAUUGUUUCAAGGAGUUCUUGAGAACAGAGGAGCCGUGCUAAUCAAGAAAACGAAUGAACACGAAGAGCUCGUGGAGUAUUGCAUAAGGGAAAUCGCUGUUGCCGCAUAUGUCAGCUCGAACAUGAAUCUGGUGAAGCUUCUUGGUUGUUGCUUAGAGAGCAAGGUACCGAUUAUUGUCUUUGAAUACGUUAGUGGGAACCUAUCUGAUUACUUGCAUAACAAGAAAGGGGUUAUCCCAUGGAGACAGAGGAUUCGCAUCGCUGCUCAGGUUGCAGACGCGAUUGCUUAUCUCCACUUGGGUAAACCACGACCUCUGAUUCAUAGACACGUGAAAACAGAGAAUGUUUUGCUCGACGAUAACUUGAACGCCAAGUUAUUCGAUUUCGGACUGUCUCUGGAAGUUCCAGAAGGUGAGACUUCUGUACAAGCAUUAGUUGAAGGAACAAUAGGGUUUCUAGCUCCAGAAUCAGUAGUCACAGAAAGAUUCAACGAGCAGACGGAUGUUUUCGCCUUUGGUGCUACAUUAAUCGAGAUUUUGACAGAAAGGGAACCUCAUAAUGUGUUCAUCGGAGCAUCUGAUUAUAUGCGUAACCAUGACACUACUCCAGUUGCAGAGUCGUCUCUCAUAUCCCUCUCUUCGCCGAAACGAAUAGAUCUUUUUUUGAUGUUCUUGAAGGCCAAUCUGAUAAGGGACGGGAAGGAUAAUGCUUUAGAGGCUAGUGCAGAGCUCGCUGCUAGCUGUGUGGAGAUAUUGCCAGAGAAGAGGCCAACGAUUGAAGAAGUAGCUAAGACGCUGAAACACAUUCAGAACAUGUAA